CCUAACCGCUCCUUAUAAAUAGUUGUUUCCAGCUGACAGCCGUCCAUAACCUACCGGUUCGGGGAGGUACUGACAGUUUCAUUCUUGCCGCCAUUUACAUUCUCAAACUCAAAGGUGGAGUAAAUAUUUUUACAGUUUAAAAGGACAAUUUAUAGUCUUUUUCUUUGUCGAUUAACCAUAACACAUAAAAUCAUCUACCAAAAACCAAAGGCUAUCGCCCUUGACCAUGGAACUUGAUCUCCAAAAUUAUGCUCGUAUACUUCAAUCUUGCAACACCCACAACUUCAUUCUCCUAGGUAAACAGCUCCACUCCCUUUUCCUCAAAAAGGGUAUCCUUAGUUCCACUAUUACAAUCGGAAACCGCCUCUUACAAUUGUACUCACGCUGCAGUACUAUGACUGAGACUUGGAAAUUGUUCGAUGAAAUGCCACACAGAAAUUGUUUUUCUUGGAACACAGUAAUUGAAGGGUACAUGAAAUCAGGAAACAAAGAGAAAUCAUUGGAGUUGUUCAAGUUGAUCCCGCAUAAAAAUGAUUUCUCCUGGAACUUGGUUAUUUCAGGGUUGGCCAAAGCAGGUGAGUUAGAAGUUGCAAGGGAUUUGUUUGAUAACAUGCCUAGGAAAAAUGGGGUUGCUUGGAAUUCAAUGAUUCAUGGUUACGCGCGACAUGGAAAUGCAAGAAAGGCUGUUGAGCUGUUUAAAGACUUGGGAUCUUUGGGUGAUUCAUUUGUGUUGGCAACUGUUAUUGGGGCAUGCGUUGAUUUGGGAGCUAUUGAAUAUGGGAAGCAGAUUCAUGCACAUAUGGUGGUUGAGGGACUAGAAUUUGAUCCAGUGUUAUGGAGUGCUCUGAUAAAUUUAUAUGGAAAAUGUGGUGAUUUGGAUAGUGCGAGUCUUGUUUUGAAUUUGAUGAAAGAACCUGAUGAUUUCUCUUUGUCGGCGUUGAUUUCAGGUUAUGCAAGUUGUGGCAGAAUGACUUAUGCAAGAAGAUUAUUUGAUAAAAUAAGUGAUCCAAGUGUUGUUUUGUGGAAUUCUUUAAUUUCUGGACAUGCUUUGAAUAAUGAGGAAAUUGAGGCAUUAGCUCUUUUUAAUAAGAUGCGGGAGAAGAAAGUUCAGGAAGACUUUUCUUCAAUUGCAGUUGUUUUGAGUGCCUGCAGUAGUUUAUGUAUCUCUGAACAUGUAAAACAAAUGCAUGGCCAUGCUCAUAAAAUUGGAGUAAUCCAUGAUGUUAUCAUUGCCAGCACUCUGAUUGAUGCCUACUCCAAGUGUGGAAGGCCUAAUGAUGCUUGCAAAUUUUUUAGUGAGCUCCAAGCCUAUGAUACAGUCUUGCUUAACUCUAUGAUCACUGUGUAUUCCAGUUGUGGAAGAAUUGAAGAUGCAAAGUAUCUAUUCAAGACGAUGCCAACUAAAAGCCUGAUAUCAUGGAAUUCAAUGAUAGUCGGUCUAAGUCAAAAUGGUUGUCCAAUUGAGGCAUUAGAUACAUUUUGUAAGAUGAAUAAACUAGACCUAAGGAUGGACAAGUUUAGUUUGGCUAGUGUCAUCAGUGCUUGUGCUAGUAUCUCAUGUAUUGAACUAGGUGAACAAGUUUUUGCUAAAGCUACUCUCAUUGGACUUGAAUCUGAUCAGGUAAUAUCUACUUCCCUUGUUGAUUUCUACUGCAAGUGUGGUUUAGUUGAAUAUGGGAAAAAAAUAUUUGACACAAUGACAAAAUCAGAUGAAAUCUCUUGGAAUUCCAUGCUGAUGGGUUAUGCUACUAAUGGUCAUGGAUUUGAGGCACUAGCAUUGUUUAAUGAAAUGAGAAAUGCUGGUGCAAGGCCAACUGACAUAACAUUUACAGGGGUUCUGUCUGCCUGUGAUCAUUGUGGACUUCUAGAGGAGGGACGAAAGUGGUUUGACUCGAUGAAAUGGGACUAUCAUAUUGAUCCUGGGAUAGAGCACUACUCUUGCAUGGUUGAUCUCUAUGCCCGUGCUGGUUGCCUUGAGGAAGCAAUGAAUCUUAUAGAACAAAUGCCUUUUAAGGAAGAUGUAAGCCUGUGGUCAUCAGUUUUGAGAGGCUGUGUUGCUCAUGGAGAUAAAAGUCUUGGAAAGAAGGUGGCAGAGCGGAUUAUUGAGCUUGAUCCUGAAAACUCCGGUGCUUAUGUACAGCUAUCAAGCUUAUUUGCAACCUCAGGUGAAUGGGAAACAUCAGCUGCAGUUAGAAGUAUAAUGAGAGAAAAGCAAAUAAAAAAGAAUCCUGGUUGCAGUUGGGCUGAGAGUUGAACAAGCAUUUUUGAGGUGGCGGAAGAGUUGUCAGAAAAAAAAAAAAAAAGAUAUGCCGCUCCAAAAUGAGAUGUAUUAUUCUUGAUCAGCUUGCACUAAUUGACCCUUUAAAUGUCAAUCGUGCUCAGCUACUGAGAUACCAGCCUAUAUAUUCUGCAUCCUGAGAUGAUAAAAGAAGGGAAGAGAAUAAAUAGGUCCAUAGAUGACGAUAAGAUGGAAAUACGACAGCGUGUUACAUUUGAUUUGUUCCAUUGGUGCCUGUCACCAACAGACGAGAGGGAACACAGCAAGCAAAAAAAAUGAGGUGGCACGCGCCGAUUAUGAAGUCACACCUACUUAUUUCUGCCAUGUAGCAAAAUUUAUUGUAACGCAAAAAAAGAA